UCGAGAAAGUAACAUUCAAAGUAAACCAUAUCUUUUUUGGAAAAAUAGUAAUCUAAAUGGGUUUAGCAGAAAUAUUCUGAACAAGAAUUAGCAUGCAUUUUCUUGUUUAAAGGUCUCCUUUAUCCACCUUUAUAAAGCACAUAUCCUAGAAUUCUAAGCUGAUCUUGAAAGUCUUAAAACAUUGACAAAUCAGCUCACUAUCUUUAGUGAAGAUUCAACUUCAUAAAAUGUAUGCUUUUAAUACAUUAUCAUUGUUCUCUCAAAAUUCCAAGGUCUUUGCUGCUACAAAUCAAAGCAGAGAAUAGUUUCAGGUUAAGACGGCUGCAUUCUGCAUUGAAGAAGACGCAGUUAACUGGAAAGUAGACGCCGUACCAGUAUUUUCGAUAACUAGUGAAUUAGGCCACCGGUAAAUCUCGUACGGUUAUUGUUUUUAUUCCAUAAGGUCGUGAUCGCCACAAGCAUUGAUGCUUGUUGUAUCGAAGUUGAGCAUUAAAGGUAUAGGCAUGCAACCAAAAUCCCUACAAGAAAAGCCACUAAGAUUUGAUAUGGCAAAGUGUUGUUUAUCUUGGAACUAGGAUUUUGUUACCAACUCUGAAAAUAAUGCUGCAAAAAGUCAAACGCAAUGUCUUCACCACACACAGAAGACAGCCAAAAGAAGGCCAUAUUUGAGAUUCCGUCUUCAGAAGAAAGUUUCACACCCUCAGAAACAUCCGAAAAAUACGAAGAUGCUACGAAUAGUGAUCCCAAUGCAUCUAACAACGGAAAAAAGAAAAGAGAAGGUUCUCGAAAAAGAAGAUCAGGAAGUAAAACAGAAAAUUCCAAGAAAUCAUCUCCCGGUUCUUCGAAUACGAGCACAAGAAAUUCAGACUCGAAUGGAAACAUCCAGGACGACAAUAAAGUGAAUGAAAAAAUACAAACUGAUGCAGAAUAUCUAGAGCGGGUUCCUAGUGAACAUGGCGAUUAUCCCGCCGAACAAGCUUUGAUACCAAAGAGACAUGUCUUACUUUUAAUGAUAUUUCUUGGUUUUGUUAAUAUUUACGCGAUGCGUGUCAAUUUGAAUGUUGCGAUCGUUGCCAUGGUCAACAAUAAAACAGUCAUCUUGCCUACAGGGGAAGUGAAAAAAUAUCCUGCAGAGUUUCAUUGGAAUUCACGUGUUCAAGGCAUUGUCGUAGCUUCAUUUUACUACGGAUACUGGGUGUUACAAAUUCCUGGCGCGUGGAUUGCGAUGAGAAUUGGUGGCACAAAAAUAUUUGGCUACGGGGUCUUCCUCUCUGCAUUAUUGUCAAUACUCACUCCAGUAGCAACACGAUACAGCGUUUAUGCCCUGAUAACCAUACGAAUUCUUCAAGGUCUUUUUCUGGGAGUAACCUUUCCAAGCAAUCAUGCAAUUUGGGCAAAAUGGUCACCGGCAUUAGAACGAAGUACAUUGGUAACGAUGGCAAUCGCUGGAUGUCCAGUAGGAAACAUUUUGGCGAUUCCUAUAACUGGAAUGCUUGCAAAAUAUGGCUUUGAUGGAGGCUGGCCCUCGGUGUUCUACUGUUUUGGCAUUUUUGCACUUCUUUGGUAUGCUGCCUGGGAGUACAUGUCAUAUGAUUCACCUGCCAACCAUCCGACAAUAACAAAGGCAGAGAGGUUCUACAUCGAGAAUUCGAUUGGAGGAAACGCUUUUGAUCCGAUGAAAGAAAAGCCUCCUUGGAAAGAAAUAUUGACCUCAGUUCCGAUGUGGGGCAUCACUGUUGGGCACUUUGGGGCAUGCUGGGGCUAUUACACUCUCUUCACCCAAAUGCCUACUUACUUGAAGGAUAUUCAGCAUCUUGAUAUCAAGACGAUGGGCUUUGUCGCAGCAGUACCUUAUUUACUUAAAUCUUUUGUUGGGCCAAUCGGAGGUAUAUCAGCUGACAUACUGAUAAAGAGAAAACUCUUAACGGUUCGAGGGGUUAGAGCGUUGUUUUAUGGAGCAGGCUGCUUAUUGGCCGGCAGUUGUAUUUUGGCAACCGGUUACUGUGCUGCAAUGGAAGAUGCAAUAGCGUUCUUGAUACUUGGGAUUGGCUUCAGUGGUUUAAAUGCGACAGGUUAUGCUGUGAACCAUUUGGACAUUGCACCGAGAUACGCCGGCAUUUUGAUGGGACUCAGCAAUACCUUUGCGACGAUACCUGGCUUUCUCAGUCCGAUGCUUACAGGCAUGAUAGCAAAACACAAGAAAGCAUCAGAAUGGCGGGUGGUGUUCUGGAUUACAUUUAUAGUCUACGUAGUGGCAACUGGAUUGUACUCUAUAAUGUGCGCUGGGGAGCAGCAACCAUGGGCUGAUCCAGCCAGUGAGAACGCUGAAACAACUGCAUUGAGUGAGGAGCCAACGAGAUCACCAAACACGUCACAAAGGACUUCUACGACCUCACAAAACUCUAGAACAAAGUGAUUGUAGCAUUAGACGACACAUGGACACACUUUUAUGCUUUGGCUAUAAAUCUGGCAAUUUCAUCUCUGACAAACGGGCAUUAGCUCCUAUAGUUAAAAAGAAACAGUUACUUGAUACUAGUUUAAUUUUCGUAAGAAAUGUUCAUGCCUUUGACUUUUUUAGUUGUUUGAUAGGCCGAUUAGUUUUUUUUGGUUCGAAAGUUGUACACGACAUGUUUCAGUGACAUUUGACUGUCUAUCAUGUAACUCUUUUCCAUUAAUAAAAAACUUUAAGUAGGUUAAAUAUCGCCCUAGUUUAGUCUUCCACAUAUUCAGAGCCAAAGCUAAAUUGGCCAGAAUGAAAUGGGUAAACUGCAAAUAUGUUUUGCUUCACAUUUGGAAAAUGCCAAUACUAAAUGUAAGACAUAGCUUUUUCAUUCCUUCAUUACAAAACAAUUAACAUGAUGUUGAGAACCAAGCAAUACGUUGGUGUUAUAGUAUUAUUUUACAGCAGUCUGUUGUUGUUAGAAUAUAUUGAGAACUAUAAGAGAUUCAAGUUAAAAUCAAAUUAGUUAAUUCUGCUCUUUAAUGUGUUUUUAGCCAUACGUUUAAAAAAUAACAAGGUUCUCACGCAUAUUGGCAAUAAAAAACACUUGCUCAAACCUGAAUAUCGUCCGUGAAAAAUCUUUUGCAAAGUCAGAGAAAAGGGUACUUUUCACGCAACUCAGAAUAAGAGAUAUGCAAAGUCAAAAUAAGGGUACAGUUCUUAAUGUAAGGAAUACAAAUUAUAUACAUUUGACAAUAAAGUAAGCCGGCCGGGCAGUUUCCUGGCGAGAUACAGGAAUAUGCAAAUUUCAAAAUAAUUUCAUUUUACAUUCAUAGACGACGAUCGUAAAUUAGUGUUGUUAGUGAAGUAGCAAAUUAGCGUUCAGUUGUGGCUGAUGUUGGCCGCAUAUCGGUUUUGAAGUAAAUGUUUUUACACAAUAAUUUUUUAUAAAGCUUUUAAAACUUACAAGGUGUUUUUUGCCUUAUUGUGUAUCUUAGCAGGGACACUGCCCUGUGAUGGGAGAAACUUUUAAACGCACUUUCUAAUACUGCAGAGUCUUUUUAAAUAUUUAAAAAAAUAUCAAAGCAAAAUGGACACUUGAGAUCCUGAGAAAGGACAACUGCUCGAUACUUCAAUAGAGAACCAUCCAGUAUCUUCCCGAGCCAUUAGAAAACAAAUAUUAGACAAGGGAUACAGCCCCCCCCUACUUUUUGCAAAAAAUGCAAAAUAUUAAAAAAGAGCCACCAGUAAAGCCUUUUUUCAUUCUCUCUUAGUCCCCUGACCUUCUGUAGACCCCCGUCUUUUUCAUCGCUCCGCGGUGGCUGGAAACUGGUUUUGCAUAAUCCUCCAAGCAUUCAAAUUGUUUCUACUGAGGGGAUUGUUUCUUCAUUAUUUUGACCUGUAAUUAUGUUACUACUCGACAAGGUGGUAAAAAGGUUAAAUGACAAUGACGGUAAAACCAGUUUAAACAAACAGCUGGAAUAGCUUUGUGCAAGAGAACCAAGCUUUCAACUUUAGAUUAAAAUAACACUGUCUCAUGAAUAGAUAAAUUGUUAGGUUGCCUCAAAAAGGACAUAGAAAGAGAUAUUUCAAUGUUUUAUGAUAGGACAAUGGAGUACAAGAGUUUGAUGUAUUUGAUAAUGACGAGAAAGUGAUAAACCAUAAAGAAACCGUUAGCCCUCGAACUGGCAGCCCAUUUUUAAACCCGCCC